AUGAAGAGAACAAAUGUCGUCAAUGAAAUCGUCUCAACAGAAGAGUCUUACGCUAAGGUGUUACAAACAAUUGAAGAUGUGUAUGUCACACCACUCACUGAGAGUAACAUCCUCUCAAAAGACGAAAUAACAAUUUUGUUUUGUAAUUUGGAAACACUAUUAAAAGGCGCAAAGUCCUUUGCUGAACAAUUAAAAGAAAGACUGAAGGAGUUUGAAGUGAAUGAUAAUAUAGCUGAUGUGUUUUUAUUAAAUAAAGAAAUCUUCAAACAAUUCAGCCAGUACAUCCAAAACUACGACAAAGCAUCACUCCUCUUCGACGGUCUUCAAAAGAAGAAAAAAUUUGAAGAAUUUUGCGAACAACAAAUGAACGACCCGCGGUGUAACAACGCCAAUUUACCAACUUUUUUGAUCUCCCCGGUCCAACGGAUUCCUCGGUAUAUAUUACUUAUGAGGGAAUAUAUAAAAGCGACUGAUAAAGACCAUCCAGACGCUUUAAUAGCCGAACAAGUGAUGAGGUAUUUAGACUCGUUUACUAAAGAAGUCAACAACAUCAUUGACAGAGAUAGUUGUAAACAACAACUUCGUAACAUCGCGAAGAAGUUGGUUGACAUCGACCCUGUUGUUAAAGACGAUUUACUCAACAUGCCACGGAAGCUGUUAAAAGAAGGCGGACUUGUUAAACAAUGUCGGAAAGCACUCAAAGAGCGGUACAUGUACUUAUUCAACGACGGGGUAGUGAUCUAUGGUGAGAACUUUGGGAAGAAAGUGGUGUAUCAUGCUGUUUUAGAAGUGGACACCAUCAAAGACUUUGACGACACGGAAACCCUUAAAAAUGGGUUUAUAUUAAAAUCGCGGGAUGUCUCGGUGACCUUCUAUGCUCCGACUUUCGACGAGAAAAAGAGUUGGGUGACACUUUUAAACUUUGCUUUGUAUCAAGAGAAGGUGUACCAAUUCGUCGAUGAUGAAAGUGAUGACGAAUUCCCUCAAGACUCAAACACCGACUGUAGUAAUUGUCAUUCAAAAUUUUCCCUCUUAAAUCGAAAGCAUCACUGCGCCCUCUGUAACAAGAUUUUCUGUGACAAUUGUGCCAAGAAAAAGGUGAUCUCACGAAAUGGGAAGAAUUACACUCAACGAAUGUGUUCAACUUGUUCUGGAGAAAAGACUCAAGAGAGCCCUCAACUCGAAAAGAAAGAAGUGAUCCAGUCUAUUGUCCUUCCUACAACACCUCCUCCACAACUCCGUCAUGGUAUCAAUGCACAAAAAUACUUCCAAUUUCAAUUCCCAACACGUGACCCUCCUCCAUUCCCUUGA